AUGGCAUCCCAUGUAAAGACAACAGGUGGAGCUCUGAUGGAAUACAAUGUCUCUUUUUUGUCUCUUCCAGUCAGAGCCCCCAGGGCAAAGUACACGAUUGUAGGGGAAGCUAUACGUUAUGUCGUCCCUGGACAUAUGCAAUGUUCAAUAGGCUGUGGAGGUCCAGCCUGCAAAUAUGACAACCCAAAUUACUGGAGUGAUAACCAACAGGCCAUAACAGGCCUCUACUCAUCAUGGAUCACUGAUCAUCUUUUGGCAAUGUCCAGACCCUCAACAGAAAUCAUUAAGAAGUAUCGCAUCAUCGAUCAAUUCAGAAGGGAUGGUAUUAAAACAGUGAUCAACCUACAGAUAUCUGGUGAACACGCCAGCUGCGGAAACCCUCUGGAGCCAGAGAGCGGCUUCUCAUACCGCCCAGAGGUCUUCAUGGAAAACAACAUUUAUUUCUACAAUUUCGGCUGGAGUGACUAUGGAGUGGCCAACCUGACAACGAUGCUCGAUAUAGUGAAGGUCAUGGCCUUCGCCAUGCAGGAGGGAAAGAUAGCAAUCCACUGUCACGCUGGCCUCGGCAGAACAGGUGUGCUGAUAGCAUGUUUCUUGGCCUAUGCUACCAGGAUGACUGCUAACCAGGCUAUUCUGUUUGUUCGUGCUAAACGCCCCAACUCCAUCCAGACCCGAGGCCAGUUAGGAUGUGUCAGAGACUUUGUCCAGUUCCUUGCCCCUUUGAGGAGUGUGUUUUCCUGUGCUGAGCCCCGAUUCAACCCAGUCACCCUGUCCCAGUACCUGAACCGCCAGAGACACAUAUUGCAUGGCCAUGAGAGGAAGGAACUGAGGCACCUGCCAAAGAUCAUCCGGCUAGUGUCUAGGCUGCUGUUGGACAUCGCAGAGAAUCGACAAGUGAUAGAGGAAGACAUUCUGGUGGCCCCUGAUAUUGAAGACAUAGAGAUGACUCUGAGCGUCAUUGAGAAGAUGGGCCCAGAGUAUUUUUUAAAGGAGCCCCGCUUACCAGGCUCACUCUGGCAAAUCAAGAAUUCAGAAAACCAAAAAGAUGGAUCCCGUCUACUGCAGAAAGCCCAGCAGAGCACCAUCCAGCGUACUGGGUCUGUGGGAAACAAUGAAUUUACCAAAAAAGCUAGCUUUUUAUCCAGGUGGAAGGAUGAGCAGAGGGACGGAGUAGUAAUGAAUGGGAAGAAGCCUGAAGAUAAGAGAGACGAGGAGGUAUCAGAGGUGCCCUUCAUCACCCUGCAGUCGGAGCUGUCCCCGGAGGCCCGGAGGCUUCUAAUGGCUCAGGCCCUGGCAGUGGACUUUUGUCUUGAUGGUGGAGAAGAGCAUAAGAGCAGCAUCCUCGCUUGGCAGGCAGAAUUGAACCUGGGCGGUGGCUGGGAGAGGCUGUGCAUGGAGCGGGACCCCUUCAUCCUCACUGGGCUCAUGUGGGCCUGGCUGGAGCAGCUCAGAGAGCCGGUCAUCUCCAUCCAGGAGGCCAAAGCCCUGGACCCCAACAACACUGACGCUCAAACUGUCCUCAACACACUGGACAAGGUCAGUGCUGAUUCGUAUUUGAAAACUAAUUCCGUGGACUAUGCAGCCUUCAAAUUUACAUUUUAAUUAUUCUUUGUUUAUCUCUUCCCAGGCCUGUUUACAAACAUUAACUUGCAUACUAGAUUGUAUGGCUCAUAUGCAGCAGAUACCAGAAGACGUUGAAAAUGCUUUCCUGAAUCGUACAAUCAAGGCUUUCACCUGGGUAAGAUAGUCCAUACACCUAACUAUUUGGGAUUUAUUUCAGCAAAUGUAUUACUUUCUUGUCAUUAGUUUUGUUUUAACAACUUGAGUUUAUUUGCCUUUGAACAGAUGAGAAAUAUCUCAGAAGAUGAUAGCAAAGUGUACGAGUCCAUGACUGCAGUCCUAAGAUGUGUCCUUGAGGACAUGAGGAGAAUCGCCAAAGAACAGGAAGAGAUGCAAGCAAUGAGGCCAACGUUUUCCUACACUUAAACAUAUUUACUACCAGUCAUGCUGCACUGCCUGGACUUCCAUGUGGACGCAUUAAGGAGGAAAGGAUGCUUUUGUGCCUUAAGGAUUAAAUGUGUAAUAAUAGUAAUAAUAAUAACAGCUCUUUAAAUAUAUUUUUUUGUUUUUAUUUUCUUUGGUCUUAGCAUGAAUGUACAGUAAAUGGAUUAUUGUCAUUAAUGCAGUACACAAUUCAGUAUUUUCUUACCUCAGUAGUGAGUGGAGCUAACAUAUUGAAGAACAGGUGAAUAUAUUUUGCACACAUCAUGCCUUAAGACCUGGUCAUAUCUAACAGAUCCAAAAGCAUAGUGGAAAACAUUAUCAAUAUACCUUUACCAAUGCCUUUCCCAUAACAUGGUGGGUGUUUCUAAUCUUUAAUAAGUGUUAUAUUCUGGUGUCUCUGAACAUACACUAACCAAAGAACAUCCAAAUGUCUGCAUAUAUAAAAAACAAUAAUAA